AUGAGAAAUUUCAAAACCAUGGGUUUCCGGUUGCCUGGUAUUCUACAUGUUAAGAAAAAUCUUCUUCAGCAGUCUUUACCAACUUCAAACCAAGUACAUUCAAAGGCCUUAGAUGUCCCUAAAGGCGCUUUUGCAGUCUAUGUUGGGAGAGCCAGCAGAAGAGGUUUGUCAUUCCAGUGUGUAGUACUUGAACCACCCUUCUUUCCAAGAUUUGUUAAGUCAUCCGAAGAAGAAUUUUGGCUACGAUUCAUCCCAUGGUGGUAUCCCGAUCCCCUGCCACGAAAACACCUUUCUUGA